UAAACGGUGAGUGUUGUACUUUGAAUAAUGGCACAAACGUCGCUCCGUAGCGCCGCGCGGGCUGCAGUACCCGCUCUCCGCCGCAGCGGGGCGCUGUAACAACACCGCGCGUUUAUCGAGACGAGAAGAAGCGGGGGCUACAAUAACACAGCAGCAACGGUAGCUGCGCGCGAGGAAAUUAGCUAAACCGGCGAGUGAGAACUCCAAACUCCCGAGUGUGGCGUGUAGACGCCGCGCGGAUACGAAGCGCUUCCGUGUAGUGCACGUGCCGGCGCCAUGUCUGUCAGACGAGCCGCCGCAUGGGCGCGUGCACAGUAGACGUUAGCUUCUGCCACGGUUAGGUUUCGUCCCUAAUCCCCCCGUUUUUGUUGGAUGUCACUGGCCUCCGCGUGCAGACAUGGAGAGUUUGUACAAGCGCAAGAUGUUCGCGUCCAUGCGGAAAACCAAGGUGGCCGCAACCAAGAACAAGCGCCAGAUCGGCCUGCCGGCCUCCAUCCUGGACGACAGUGACGAAGGCUCCUUCUCCUCCUCCUCCUCCUCCUCCUCCGGGUCCCAGUCCGACUUCCAGAGCUCCCCGGAGGAGGACAGCGAGCGGGGGGACCGGGACUGGAGCGAGUCCGGGGCGUCCUCCAGCGACGACAGCCGCUCCGUGGCCCGCAGGAAGCGCUCCUUCCUGGGCGGCGACGACAGCUCCUCUUCCUCCAGCCCCGACGACGAGGAGGGGAAAGGCGGCGGGAGCGGUCCGAAACGGACGGUGCAGCCCCGGAAGCGCAGCCGGCUGCAGCGGCAGGACGAGUCCGACUCGGACCGGGCGGAGGAGAGGAAGAAGGAGGAGGCGGACAAAGCCAAGAGGAGGCAGAGGCACAACAAGCUGCUGGCGCUCUCCAGGAGGAUGAAGGCCCGGGUGCCCAACCGGAGGAGGGGCCGCCUCAAGCAGACAACCGGCGCCAAGGAGGAGGCUGAGGAUGAUGAAGAUAAGGAAGACGACAGCAAGACGGAGGUGAAAGGAAACGAGAAGGAGGAAGAGCAGCAGCAGGAGGAGGAGGAGGAAGACGAGCAGGAGGAGGAGGAGGAGGAAGAGGAGCAGGGUGAGCAGGAGAAGAAGGAGGAAGUCUGUGACUGCUGAGGUCAAACAGGAACAUCUGGAGAGGACAGCCAGCUGUUGAGGUGCACAGACUCCUCUGCGGUUACCCGGGAAACCACAGCAGUGCUGGUAGGAGGAGCCUCGCCUGGCAUCCAUCAUCCGAGGGUUCAAACCUCUCAUACAUAUGCUUAUUUUUUUACUCCUAAACCCCUAGAGGACUAUUUUCUCAGAGUGUUUGUGAAGCUGAAGUUUGACUCUAGCGGUGAAACCAACGUUUGACGGAGAGCCUGUCGAUCUGCCGGUCCGGGGACCAGAACAGAAGGGAUUGUGGUGGUACAGUAAAGCGGAGCGGCUGCAGCCAGAACCAGCAUGUUCUGAUCCUGCGGCUGUUCUGUGGCCCAAAGACAGUGAGCCAACGUUUGAGGCUGGAAGGAGGGAGCCCUGUUUUAAACCGGCAGGAAGCGUCUCAUGGUUUGCUUUGAAGCUCGUAGAGGUUCAGCAGAACCGGGCCAAACCCAGAAUGCUUUGGGAAAACACAAACGACUGGUGGGUUUUAGGAUCUUCAGGUUCUAUCUACAGUCUAGGAGGAGAAGUGAGUGAACCCACUGAGCAACAAUGUCUGGAUUCUGUUUGAACACACGAAAACUUCAAAGUGAUUUCUUCAUUUCCUAAAUAUUCAUAAUCAAAUGUUAGCACAUCUUUUCUUCAGCCUCCAUCUCAGCACAUCUAGGUUGCGUUGUCCUCCAACAGGUUGCUGAAACAGUUGAAUCUACAGCUCUGAAGAUCAACCAGGGAUAAAAGAUAAAAGAUCUGGAGGCUUUUAGUGAAGACGCAUCCAAACCAGACCAUCGUUUCCUGUUGGGACCGAGGCGGCGGUGCAAAUGCAUCAGCAGCUCGUUCCCAACUCAGAACCUGGUCUGUGUUCUGAUCCAGCUUCAGGAGUCCGUGAGGUCAUGGUGGGAUCCUUUGGUUUCUCUUGGCAGGAGUGGACUUUGGUUUGAAUGUGCUGUGAAUAAAUAUUCCGUAUUGACUCUUAGAGUGUGAGUAGCUCGCCUCAGUGUCUGCUUGUCCUGUCGUUCUGAUCCCAGUGAUGCUCUUGUCUGCACAGGAAAACCCGGAUCCUAAAUCUGAGCUUCAGAUAUUUAUGGUUUUGUAUUUUCCUCUGUAUUAUUGGCCGUUUGUAUUUCUGCUGACUGUAGAGGAGUGGCUGACGGUGAUGAGUCGGGGUCUUGGACAGCUUCAGAGUGGCGUGGCCUUUUCUCUGACUUUGUAUAUAGACUACAGACACGUGGACAUGCAUGGCCGUCAUUCAUCAGUGUUGUGCUCUGCACCAUUUUCAGUGUAUUCCUGCUCUGGCUGCAGACCAGCCUGUUGUAAUAAACCGCUGGUUUGUUGA